CAUUACUAAUUUACUAUAACUGCGAUAAACCCUAAUUGCAAAACCCUUUGCAAAUCCUGUUUCUCCUCAACUCUCCUCCAUUGUCCGAAUCCUCCAAAUUCAGAAAUGGUUCGGAGCUUGAAGAAUCCCAAAAAGGCGAAACGCAAAACCAAGGGCUCGAAGAAAGAUGAAGGAUCAUCAUCGAAUUCGGGGCCGACGGUGCCGGCGAAAGUGUGGCAGCCGGGCGUAGACGCACUGGAGGAGGGAGAGGAGCUUCAGUGCGACCUCUCUGCUUACAAUUCUUAUCAUGGUUUUCACAUUGGAUGGCCUUGUUUGAGUUUUGAUAUUCUGCGCGAUUCCUUGGGCUUGGUGCGCACUGAGUUUCCACACACCAUCUAUUCCGUUGCUGGAACACAGGCAGAGAAGUCCUCCUGGAACUACAUUGGAAUAUUUAAGAUCUUAAACAUUUCUGGAAAGAGGCGUGACUUAGUGCCUAAGAAAUCAAAUAGUGAAGAUACAGACAUGGAGAGUGACAGUAGUGAUAGUGACGAGGAUGAUGAAGAGGAAGGUGGAACUAAGACCCCAGUUUUGCAGGUACGCAAAGUCAGUCAUGAAGGCGGUGUAAACCGGAUUCGUGCCAUGGCACAACAUCCUCAUAUAUGUGCUUCAUGGGCAGAUACUGGCCUUGUUCAGGUGUGGGAUUUCAGCUCUCAUUUACAUGCUUUGGGAGAAGCUGACGCUGCAACUAAUAAUGGAGGAUCGACCGUGUUCAAUCAAGCUCCUUUAGUUAAGUUUGCUGGACACAAGGAUGAAGGCUAUGCCAUUGACUGGAGUCCCGUUGUUCCUGGAAGGCUCGUUUCAGGGGACUGCAAGAAUCAUAUUCAUCUUUGGGAACCAGCAUCCGAGUCAACAUGGAAUAUUGACUCUACUCCCUUUGUUGGUCACACUGCUAGCGUUGAAGAUUUACAGGUUUACAUUAUAUUUGCAUGGAGUCCUACAGAACCAUAUGUCUUUGCCUCAUGCUCGGUUGAUGGAACUAUUGCAAUCUGGGAUACUCGUGCUGGGAAGUCUCCUGCAGUUUCUAUCAAAGCACACAAAGCUGAUGUGAACGUUAUAACGUGGAACAGCCUAGCAAGCUGUAUGCUAGCAUCGGGUAGCGAUGACGGGACGUUUUCCAUCCGAGAUCUAAGAUUACUCAAAGAAGGAGACUCUGUAGUCGCGCACUUUGAGUACCAUAAGCACCCCAUUACAUCCAUCGAAUGGAGCCCACACGAGGCCUCCACCUUGGCGGUGUCUUCAGCAGACAAUCAACUAACAAUAUGGGACCUUUCCCUUGAGAGAGACGAAGAAGAGGAGGCUGAGUUCAAAGCCAAGACGAAAGAACAAGUAAACGCCCCCAAUGACUUGCCACCACAACUUCUAUUUGUUCAUCAGGGCCAGAAGGACUUGAAAGAAGUUCAUUGGCAUCCCCAGAUACCGGGAAUGCUCAUAUCCACCGCGGCAGAUGGCUUCAACAUCUUAAUGCCUUCAAACAUCGAGACCCCACUUGCUCCCGAUGGUGCUUGAUCUCUCAGCAGAGCAUGCGAUUUUGUUAAACAUCCGGUAAUGGUGUUGUUUUAUGUAAAGAAUGAAUACUCAAUUUUUUUAUUUUUAUUUUUGGCCUUAUUGUAGUGGUGAAAAGGGUUGUGUUGGAUUUCUCUGUUUGUGUUGAAUUCUGUCUUGAAUAUUUGCAAUUGUGGGAAUGGAAGGUUGAGAUUUGUGAAAGAA